UUAAUUUCAAAUUUUAAUAUUGAGAUAUUCCCAUUGUAUCGGGUGUACCAAACUGCCCCUAAAGGCAGUCUUCUUCCAUAUUUUAUAGUAUAUAACAGCAAGUCAGCUAUCCACCACUUAGCAUCUUCAAACCAAUCUUGAAGAAGUAAAACAGCAAUCUUGGACUUUGGAGAAGGAAACUUAAAUUGCAAAGGCUUCAAUUUUUUCUUAAUAAAUUUGUGAAAGAAAAAUGGAGUGUGUUAUGGCCCAUGAGAAGGAUUUGAAUCUCAAGGCUACAGAGCUUAGAUUGGGCUUACCAGGGACAGAAGAUGAAUCUGACAAAGAAAUUGUCUCAAAUUUUACGAAUAACAAGAAGAGAACUUUGCCUGAGGAUGAAGAUUGUCAAUCAAACUCCAAUUCUAAUGACAAAACCCCACCAACAGCCAAGGCACAAAUUGUGGGGUGGCCACCAGUGAGAUCUAACAGGAAAAAUAGCUUCCCAUCAAAGAAGGCAGAAACUGAAUCUGGGAUGUAUGUCAAAGUUAGCAUGGAUGGAGCACCUUAUCUUAGAAAAAUUGAUUUGAAAAUGUACAGGUGUUAUCCAGAACUGUUAAAGGCUUUGGAGAAGAUGUUCAAGCUGAGCAUAGGUGAAUAUUCAGAAAGGGAAGGCUAUAAAGGGUCUGAAUUUGCACCUGCUUAUGAAGAUAAAGAUGGUGACUUGAUGCUUGUUGGAGAUGUUCCUUUUGAAAUGUUCUUAUCAUCAUGCAAGAGGCUACGGAUAAUGAAAGGUUCAGAAGCAAAAGGCUUAGGAUGUGGAAUUUGAUAAGAUGAUGAAAUUAUUCUCGCUUUCCUCUUGACAAGAUGAGGAUAUAUCGGAAACGGCCUCUUUACCUUACCUGAGGUAUAUGGUCACCUUUGAGUUGGUAUAUACAGGAGUAUAUGGAUUGCAUAGACUCUACCCCUCCCCACACACCACUUUGUGGGGAUACACCGGGAUAUUGUCAUUGUUGUAGCAGGAAACUACAGGAGGUUUUUUCAACUUGUGGUUCUGGAGUUAUAAGAACCUGGAAAUUGGAUACUUUGAAAUCCUCCUGUUGUGUAAUCAAACAGUUUAAAUUCCUCUGGAUUUCCAUCUGGGAAGUGCAAAACAGAAGAAAAGCCGUAUCAUUUGAACUUUUGUUUUAGAGGGUAAAAUAAUACGCUCCCCCC